UGUCAUUCCAUACUUGUAUAUCAAGCUUCAUAAUAUUCGUAACAUCCUAUGAUUAAGCAAACAAAUGUCAUUCAUCAUUCAGUCAUGUCAUGAAAUAUCAAAUCCAUAAAAAACAUGUAAUUUAAGUUUUUACAUUUCAUCAAAAACUCAUACUUAUGGGGCAACUGUAAAGUCAACCUUGUGAAAUUUAAGUACAUAACGCCUUUUAUAAGACAUGGUUCUAAAUUAUUUGUUCAGAAGAAAACCGGAGUACAGAACACGGAAACUCCUUUGUUUUUCUAAAGAGCAGAUGUAUGAGGUAGUAGCAGAUAUAGAAAAUUAUAGCAGUUUUUUACCGUUUUGUACCCAAUCAAAUAUAGUAGAUCAGAAUCAAAGUGAGCUCAAGGUAAAAUUGGAAAUAGGAUUUCCUCCCAUUAAAGAAAAAUACACCUCGUUAGUAACAAUGAAUAAACCGAAUUUAAUUUUGGCCAAAAGUUGCGACGGUGAACUAUUUGAAUAUUUGGAAACCGUUUGGAAAUUCACUUCGGUACCUCAAGGGGAUCCGAUGACUUGUAUAGUAGAUUUUUCGAUCAAAUUCAAAUUUAAAUCUAAUUUGUAUACGCAUGUGGCAUCAGUUUUCUUUGGAAAAUUAGUCAAGUGUUUGGAAACCGCGUUUAUCAACGAAGCUGUCAGAAGAUAUGGAAGAUCAUCAACUUGCAUAUUUGAAAUGACCUCACAAGAUUGACUUUUACAUGUUGUCCUUUUCCUCUGAACUAAUAAAGUCUUGAAACUACUAA